AUGAUACUUGAAGAGACGUUUGUUGACUCGAGCUCAAUGGACAAUAACAACAAUAAAAAUGAACUUUCAACCUUGUCAGCUGAACCAAUUACCAACAUUAAUGGCUGGACGCAUGCAAGUGUUAAUGGUGACUCUUCGAACGGUGAUGCUUCACUGAACCGUGAGAUGAUUCUUGAUGAUUCUUCCUCAAUUCAACCAACGGAUCUUGCGAAAAUCUAUGAACAAGUUUACAGUUACGCCGAAACACCAAAUCCCUUACAAGCGUCUGUUAAACAUUCUCUUGAAAUCAUAGAAGAGGCAUUGAAUAGAUAUGGAGCCAAUGGGUUGGCGCUGUCUUUUAAUGGGGGAAAAGACUGUACUGUGCUUUUACAUUUAUUCUCGGCAGCUCUUUACAAAUUCACACAAAAAUUCGGUGAAAAAAUACCAAAAAUUCAGUGCGUAUAUAUUACUCCUCCCAAUCCUUUUGCCGAGGUGGAUACUUUCGUGGAAGAAUCUAUACGCCGAUACGGAUUAGAUCUUAUUAAACUAAAAGGUCCAAUGAAACAGGCUUUGGCUAGUUAUUUGAAACAACGACCAAGCGUGAAGGGUAUACUGGUUGUACACCUAUCCGAUUUUGCACCAACUGAUCCUGGCUGGCCUAAUUUUAUGCGCAUACACCCUAUUCUCGAUUGGCAUUACAAUCAGAUAUGGGAGUUUUUACGCAAUCUAAAAGUGCCUUAUUGUGAUUUAUAUAAUCUGGGAUAUACUUCCCUCGGUAGCACUGUCAACACAAGGGCAAAUCCAGAUCUCCGUAACCCUAAUAAUCCUAAUGGUUUCGAUCCAGCCUGGAAGUUAACAGACGAGAGUAAAGAACGAAGUGGACGAGCAGCCGAAACAUACACCACGAAAACAAUACCAUCUAAUUCGACAACAUCGGUGAUAACUACAAAAGAUGAAUCUAACUAG